UUUACCCAUAACCCGAUCGUCCAAGCCGCUGAUCAGUACGCUUCGUUUGGGUUUCCAACUACACGGAGGCAAAUUAUUAAAUAGCUAGCAACGCCACUAUAGUACCCUCAAAGUACAGGCGUAAAUCAAGCGCUGUAAAUAUUUUGUUGAACGAUCUGCAUGAUUGACAGGUUCGUUCGGCGACGUGCGGCGUGCCAGGUUGCUGGGGGCCGGGCUAGAUAUCCACCCACGCCUCUCCGUAGGUCGGUGCAGGUCGCGGCGAGACAUGCUUGAAAUUUCCUUGACUUCUUGUUGAUCUAACGAAGGCAUCCUGCAGAUGACAGGCGAAAGGGUGCAGAUCCGCGAAAAAAAUAGACGGACCGACUUCUCUAUCGCGAGACUCUCAAGGAUAGAGGUUCAGUUUUAUGAUCACUGAGACAUCAAAGGAAAAUGAAGGUGCUUACCAAGGCUCAGAUGACGGAAGCAGCAAAAGUCCUGGAGACCUUCCUGCCCCAGUCCCAGCAGGUUUAUGGACACCUUCUGCAAAUGAGCAGAAUAAGAUCUUUCCCUCUGGACAUUGCAGUGGAUACCUGGCCUAAUUUCGCGGCAAUAAUUUGCAAGCCAAGAGUUGAGACGGAAGGAGAUCUCUUCAAAGACUCGAGUGUCUUCACUAAAGAUGGAGCCUCCUUAAGGAAAAUCUUGGCAGAACCAGCCAUCGUCAACUGGGGAAAGUUUUUCUGUCUCGCAGCCGAUCUGUCACUGGAGGCCGUCUUAAAGGAGGAGGCUGAGCGUAGGGGGGUGUCAUGGAAACGUGUGACGACAUGUUACAUGCUGAAACUACAAUGUGUGAGUCAUCUUCCCACAGUGGACAGGUACAGUAGCACUACCAUGGGUGCAAGUAUGCCAGAACCUGGGUGCAUGUUCCAACACAGGCUUCCAACACACCUGUACGCCACAUCCUUUCAUGGCUGUCUUGGGAUGGCUUUCAAGGCUGAUGCCAUCUUCUGGCUCUUUCCCAGUGCACUGGGCCUCAGGAUUUCCUCCCUCGAUGAGUCUCAUGUGGACCUGGUGAACCGGAGCUGGAAGUUUGGAGCUGGAAAGCACAGCGUCAGCAUGAUCCAGGGCAUGAUUCGACACUUCCCCUCCUGCUGUCUGCAGGAUGGGGAGGGCCGGGCCGUUGCGUGGAUCCUCACGUACCCUUCGGGGUGCAUGGGAAUGCUCUACACGGUGCCAGAGCACCGGGGCAAGGGCUACGCCAAAAUCGUGAUAAAUGCGAUGUCGCAGAGGCUCCACAGCGAGGGCUACCCCGCCUACUGCUUCAUCGAGGAGGAGAACAAGCUGUCGUUCAGACUGUUCAAAGGUCUAGGCUUCACUGAGGACCCUACAUACAGAGUAGCCUGGUUUACCUUUAAUCAUUUAUGAAGUAAGACAAAAAAACGAACAAGCUAAAUCAAUUAAAUCAGUCGAUCAUAAACAAGCAUUUUUUAUAAACCACUCAUCGCUUAAUUACUUGAAAUUUUGUAGCAUUUGAAGAACAAUAUAAAGUCACGUGGGAAAUUACAAGGAUUUUGGUUUCCUGUAUCAAUUUUAAUGUGCCAGAUAGAUUUUGUGAUGCUAAUCCCUGGAAUAACGGUAACGCUUUAUUUGAUGGGGCACAAAAACUAAGUGGUGCCUUAGUUACUACUGAAGUACAAAUUCUGAAUAAAUAUAGUAGUUUUGUGAAAUAAAAUAUGUCAUGAUUCAUUAAUGAUGAGCAAACAUGA